AUGUCGUCACGGCGAUACGAGGACUUCGAUGAAUUUUGCGACCCAGAAAACCCAAAAACAAUUAAAUACGAGGAUAUAGUUGACGCUGCCGGCCGAAGCCGACCACUGAUAACAACAACACCAUGUUAUGAAUCACAGUCGCACAAUGGAUUUGCUAUGAAUUUGCACUAUAAACUGGAAUUCGUUCUUAAAACUGGAAGUUUCAAAGAGAGGGGAGCUUUAAACGUUUUACAAAUGCUCCCACAAGAUAAGAAGAAAAUUGGGGUAGUUUUGGCUUCACUGGGCAACCAGGCGAUGGGUUUCUGCUACUACGGCGGCAAACUGAAUAUACCCGUUGUUGUUGUAAUGCCAAAAGGUGUGCCACUUAUAAAACUACAGAUGUGUAAGAACUUUGGCGCAAAGGUGAUUGUCGAGGGCAAUGACCUACAAGAGUCUCAGAAAUAUGCUCGGUCUUUCGCAAGAGAUAAAGGACUUACAUUUAUAAAUGGCCGCGAUCACCCGCAAGUUCUAACAGGCUACGGAGGCGUCGCUUUGGAGAUACUGGAGCAAGUGCCGACCGUGGACGCCGUUAUAGUGCCAGUCGGUACAGGCGGCCUGGUAGCUGCGGUCACUACCGUCAUAAAACACUCUAAACCAAACUGUCUUGUUUACGGUGUCCAGUCGGAAGUGAUGUCAACAUUUUACGACUCACUUGAGAUGGGGGAACGAGUGACAAAACCGAUGGCGAAUUCUCUCGCGGAGGCCAUAGCGAUGCCUUACGUAGGAGUUAACGCCUUUAGUACCGCUCAACCCCUGCUGGAUAAAAUGAUGUUAGUAGAAGAGGACUGGAUAGCUCGAGCUGUGUUAUAUCUGGUUGAGAAAGAGCGAUUUGUGGUUGAGGGUGCUGGUGCGUGCACUGUGGCCGCAAUCCUUAGUAGUCUUGUACCAGAACUGAAGACAAAGAAUGUCGUGUGCAUCUUAAGCGGAGGUAACAUUGACGCCACAUUGUUGACUCGCUCUAUAGAAAGAGGACUUGCGUCUGAAGGUCGAAUGGUAAAAUUUAAGGUCGGCGUCAAAGCUGAUUCAGCGGCAAUAGCUCAGCUUUUCAAGCUUCUGGCUAACGGCGGAUACAACGUGAUACGCCAAUUCAUGGACCAUGUUUGGGUCGAUAAGGAAAUACACUGGCUUGAGAUGAAAAUUGUUUGUCAAACAAGGGACCUACAACAUGCCUUAGAGCUCAAAAGAAUGGUUGAUAAGGCUUAUCCAACAACAGCAAUAUUUGAAACAGAACCUUUCAAUGAUAAGCGCAUCUGUCCAUGUUAUGUGAAAAAAUAG